AUGAAUCAGAUCAUUGAGUUUAUUAAAAAUUAUAUCGAUUUAAACAAUAGUGAACUGCCGUACAGUAUAUUCAAUGUCGAGGAUGUCAUCGAAAAGUAUAGUCAAUGGUGUCGACUAAUGCCCAGAAUUAGUCCCUAUUAUGCCGUCAAAGCUAAUCCCAGUCUACCGCUGCUUAAAGUACUCAAUAAACUGGGAGUCGGGUUUGAUUGUGCCAGUCAGCACGAAAUUGAAACAGUACUUGAAUUGGGUGCCAAACCCGAGUCAAUCAUAUUUGCAAACACUUGCAAAACUAAUGCAUCGCUUGAUUAUUCACGCAAUGAAGACAUUGAUUUCAUGACAUUUGAUUGUUUGGAAGAGCUUAAGAAAAUACAGACCAGACAUCCGGAAGCCAGACUACUGGUGCGCAUCAAAGUGGACGACACCGACUCAAAGGUCCGAUUGAAUCGCAAGUUUGGUUGCUCUAUGACUGAUGCGCUUAAUCUGUUGUCGGCUGCAAAACAAAUGGGUUUGUUUGUUAUCGGUGUGGCCUUUCAUGUGGGCAGUGGUGCACAAAGUGCUGACGCCUAUGACCUGGCAAUAGCCAGAGCCCGGCAAGUGUUUGAUAUGGCCGAAGCUCUGGGCUAUAAGAUGUCAGUGCUGGACAUUGGCGGUGGAUUUCCUGGUCUAUGGAGUCAUAGUUUGGACAACAAUGAGAUAACUUUUGAACAGAUGGCUAAUGUUAUCAAUAUAGCUAUUGAUAAACAUUUUGCUGAUAAUAAUGAUAAUGGGCACUGGUAUGACAAUCUGACUGUUAUGGCUGAACCGGGCACAUACUUUUGUGAAACUGCUUUCACUGUACUGACCCGUGUGUUGUCCCGACGCGAGGCUAGUGAUGACCAAAAUAAUUGGCCACAUAUUAUGUAUACACUGAAUGACGGCGCUUACGGAUCGUUUAAAGAUUCAAUAUAUAUUCGUAAAGUUUAUGAACCGAUACCACUGUUAUCAUCGGAUAUCAUAACAGAAAGGGAGUCCUAUAACAGUAUACUAUGGGGACCGACAUGUUGUAGUCAAGACUGUAUUCGAGAUAACUGUCCUCUGGUUGAGAUGUUUGUCGGCGAAUGGCUUAUAUAUCUAACAAAAGAGUUUGACUUUUGGACCAAACGAGGCAUAAAAGGUCCCAAACCUGUCAUCGGUUUCGGUAAUAAUUUGCAACUACUAUGGCGUCCGCGAUCGCAGAUGGAUGUCGAUUGGAUGCGACAGUUUGGCAAAGUUUACGGUUAUUUUGAUGGCAACGAACCUAUACUAUCCAUUGCCGACCCGGAACUGGUCAAACAAAUCUGUAUCAAAGAUUGGCAUAUAUUUACCAAUCGAUCGAAUCCGCCGCUGGUUUCGGCCAAAAGUCAUCCAAUACUCGGCAAAAAUGUUGACGAAGCCCAGGAUCAGCAAUGGAAACGUAUCCGAUCUAUAAUGAGUACGGCGUUUACGGCCAGCAAAAUGAAGGCACUGUUACCUAAGAUUGAUCACUGCAUUGGCAAUAUGUUGACCGCACUGGACGGUUAUGCCGGCCGAGGCCAAGAGGUCAACAUGAAAGUUAUUUACGCCAAUUUUGUAAUGGACUCGAUAGCGGCCAGUGUUUUCUCAAUGAACCUGAACUCACAUCUACAGCCUGAACAUCCGUUUGUUGUAACUACUAGUUCACUGUUGCACCCGAACUGGUGGCGUAAUCUGGCACUUGUUAUGCUACCCGAUUGGGCACUAAAACUUCUAUCGAUUACACACUUUAUGACCGAUUCGGCUAACGAGUACUUGUUUGCACUGACCAGACAUGUACUGAAUGAACGAGAGAAGCGCACGACAGAUACCGACAACAAUAGUGACAAUGAUUUUGUCGAUUUACUGGUCAAAGCAAAGAUGGAUAAGUCAAUGGAAAGGGAGCUAAAAGAGAUGUCGGAGUUUGAACUUUUUGAACAGGGAAUGUCCAAUCACUUGACUCUGGAGGAAAUAUUGGCCAACGCAUGGGUACUGACCGUAUCGGGUAUUGAUCCCAAUAUGACAAUACUAACACUGGCUACCUAUGAGUUGGCAAUGAAUCAGGAAUUACAGGAACGGCUCUACAGGGAAGUCAUGACUGCAGUCAACGAGACUACUGGCCAACUGGACUAUGAUUUAGUUGUCAAUCUUGAGCUCAUGUCAGCCGUCAUAUCUGAAACACUGAGACUGCAUACGACUGCCAUACGCGAGAGUCGUGUGGCCAAAGAGGACUACCAGUUAGGCGAUACCGGCAUAACUGUCCUUAAGGGCGAAAUAGUUGAGAUAACUUUCCACGCGAUACACAAGUGUGAGGACUACUAUUCAAAUGCCGAACGUUUUGUUGCCGACAGGUUUUUACCGGAAAACCGACACAAACUGGUGGCCAAUACAUACCUGCCCUUUGGUAUGGGUCCCCGUCAUUGCAUAGCCAACCAGUUUGUCCUAAUGAUACUGAAGGUAACAUUGGCUCGGAUUGUCCGGCAGUACCGAUUCAGUCGGUCAGAUCGUACGGAUGUACCGCCAAAAGUAGUGUUACGUAACUUUACGUAUUCACCGCAACGCAUGUAUCUUAAUGUCGAUAGACGUCAAUGA